UUAAUGACGGCAUGGGAGAAUCAGACCUUCAACUCAGAAUUCAUCCUUCUAGGAAUCUUUGAUCACAGCCCUACCCACAUCUUCCUCCUCUCUCUGGUCCUGCACAUCUUCACAGAGGCCCAAAUGGGAAAUUCUACCAUGAUUCUUCUCAUAUACCUGGACACCCAGCUCCACACCCCCAUGUAUUUCCUCCUCAGCCAACUGUCCCUCAUGGCUUUCAACUACUUGUCUGGCAGAACAACCAUUUCUUUGACAGGCUGUGCCACACAAAUUUUUUUCUAUGCAUCACUGCUUAGCUGUGAGUGCUUCCUGUUGACUGUAACAGCCUAUGACCACUAUGUUGCCAUUUGCCAUCCUCUAAGAUACCCUAAAAUUUGUGGACUUAUGGUUGCCUCUUCCUGGAUUCUGGGAUCUUCUGAUGGUGUCACUGAUGCUGCAGAAACAUUUUCUUUCUCCUAUUGUGGGUUCUGGGAAAUAGCUCACUUCUUUUGUGAUUUCCCUUCUCUGCUAAGCCAUGCAUGCAAUGACACAUCAAUAUUUGAAAUGGUUCUCUUUAUCUUCUGUAUAGUAAUGAUUGUUAUCCCUGUAAUAAUCAUCGUUUCCUAUACUAGAGUACUUCUGGCUGUCAUUCACAUGGGAUCUGGAGAGGGUCGCCACAAAGCUUUCACCACCUGUUCCUCCCACCUCAGGGUGGUGGGAAUGUACUAUGGGACAGUCUUGUUCGCAUAUAUCUGGCCCACUUCUGAUCGUUCUCCCACCCAGGACAAGAUGGUGUCCAUCUUCUACACCAUUUUUACUCCUAUGCUUAAUCCUCUUAUCUACAGCCUCCAGAACAAGGAAGUGACCAGAGCAUUCAUGAAGAUAUUAGGGAAGGGCAGGUCUGGAGAGUAA